UGUAAAGUGAAAGCUUCUUCUAUUCCGUUCAAAACCAUUUGCUUUUGAAGUAUGGUGUGGGCAUUUUCAAUUAGUGAGUUACAUUCCGCCUCUAUAUACAGAACAUAGACGUUAAAAACAUUCCUUGUAUGAAAUGGAGUUCGUUAGUAAGUAUAUUUAAUCCUAAUCCGGUUUUAUGGAACUGUAACUACCUAGAUGGUACAAUAAAUAGAUCUCGGUCUUUUGAGGAAGUACUUCCCAACACGGACCUCGGUCAAUCUAAUAAUACCAAUCUUCAAGAUUACUCAGCUAAACUUUUAGUACCUGUUGAUAAACAAUUUAUUGACCACUUAGGUCCAAAAAAUCUGUCGGGACUUCAGGGAAAGUUCAGGGGCUUCAGAAGUCACUAUGAAAUCUACACAUCCAAGUCUCUUAAUGAUAUAUUAGACUAUCAGAUGCACUCAGGGAAUAAGACGCAUACACUUCAUCGACAUAAAAGUUCGUCGGGGUUGCUUUUGAACGAUAAUUUUUCAAGCAAUGCUUCGUCGUCCGACAGUUUGAAUGAUGUAAACUAUGAUAACGGACAUUCAGACGAAGAAAAUCUUCCUGGUGCACGCAAACGCCAUGGUUUCCGUGAAGUUACAGACAAUUCAGAUGACGUCUCAGAGAAGAGCGUGAGUCUGGUACACUCAUGUAGUGAUCUCAACAGUUAUUGGAGUGAAAAUGAAGAAGGUCAUGACAUCAGGAAUAGUGACGAUUCUGCUGUGAAUAGUGUGCUAGACGGUGUAACCGAACUUCACAUUAAUGAAAAGGCAAAUAAUUCGUUACCACAGGAAGGUACUAAUGCUGCAGACAUAGAUUUUGACGUUGAUGCUGAUCAGGACAAAACAAAUCCAGCGUACAUACCACGAGGUGGGAGGUACUAUAUGCAUGACCAUCGUACACUAGAAGAAGACGUUGUAGUGGUUAAAAAGCGAGAAAGUAACCGACGAUGGCAGCAUGAUAAAUUUAAUUAUUAUGAUCAAGCCCCAAGGUCUACAGAGGAAAUCAUAUGGAGGUAUGGGUACGAUAUUCGUAAAGAAAACAUUUGUCCGUUUGCAAAUAAGUCUGAUCCUAAUGAUGGAAGUAACGUCCCUACGACAACCUCCAUCCCCUGCGAGACUAAUGAGACAUAUCAUUCUUCACAUCAACCGAGUCAAGUAACCAGUACCAAAGUGCGAGACAGCGUGUUGUGCGGUAACGAAAGCCAAAAACGUUCUGCUAGGACCCAAGGAAAAGCCAUCACAUACUCUAGCAUCAAGUAUAAUGGCUAUAGUCGCUUUACAAAGAGCGACUGCCAUGGACGUGAUUUCUCCACACGGAAAGAUUCAGUUACGGAUAAGUUUCAAACUCAAGCUUCAAGGCCCAUAAAAGAGGAUUCUGUAUCUGGAACUAAUUUGCAUCGCAGUCAUCCUACUCCGACCCUUAAUAUAAAGCCUGCUUAUUCAACUAACACACAUGACUCAUAUUGUAAACAUCAACAGGGUUUAAACCAUUCAUAUUACACAUCUAGCUCCAAUCUUUCCAGACGUAAUAGGGAAGACUCGUCAAAGCCCCCAGUCUCAAACGAUCAAUAUCUCAGUAAGAAACAGGCCAUUAACUUUGCUCCAGUAAACACGAAAAUCAGAAGAGUUUACAAACCUCAAGUAAUAAAACACUCAAGUCACAUCCACGAACAAGUAAAACGUGGAGAAAGAGUUCCGAAACGGUAUUCUGCUGUCCGACAAAAUGUAUCUAACAUUGAUUCAUCUACCGAUAAAAAAACACCAUUGCGGCUUCCAUCUCCUGUACACACUGAAGAGUCGUGUGGUUCUGUUGACGUUAAGAACUUAGUGGUUACAAAGUUAAACACCCCAGGGAAUGUACAUGAGGUUACUCAACUACAUAAAUCUGCAGCGGACUGUAAAGACGUAAUUGCAACUCAAGAUCAGGUUUGCACUAAAAUCACUGGUAUCAACACGUUUAGUCAACAAAAAGCGGACUCUCAACCAGGUAGUAUCAGUGUGCAUCCAGUUUCUCUAACACAUUUCCAGCCCUCCAUAGAAUAUAGCAGACGUAUUCCUACUGAAUAUUCAUCUGUCAAUCCACAUUUACAAACUAUAUAUUGCCCAGAUAUAUUUCAGCAUGAUCCACGCUAUCAACCUCCAAGCACUGUGAUGUCAAACUACGUACUACCUAAUGCUCAUCAAGCUCAGAUGCAUCGUUUAUAUGGAAAUGGAAUUCAAAAUAUGAAUUUACCAGUGCCAGCAGCCACGACUCUUUGUUUUGAUCAUGUGCCAUGUGGAGUCACAAAUGACCCUAGUCAAACAUACGUGAUGCACUUAGGUAUAACUGCGGUGGAGCCUCAUUGGAAUGGCGAGGAAAAACCAGUGUUCAACCGAAGAUCCCCGAAGAAACCAUUGGAAGUUAUUGAUCCUCGUGACGGAACAAGAGUUAAUAAAGUUGCACUUUCUGAAACACAGUAGCAUGCCUCAAAUCGUGUUAAUUUAUAUACAAAUUUUCAAUGUGCAUGUAUACUUAUCGUGUCUUGCCUUGAAAAGAUAGUAAAUAAUAACUAAUCUUUAUGCAAAUCCCAAACUGUAGAUAUAACUUUCCCAGUUAUUAUUUCUUUAACUAAAUGUUCCAAGCUUUGUGCUUUUCUAAACUACUUCCAGUGUAGUCACGAUUGCGAACUAUUUUUUGAAUAUUUCAAUCAAAUAAAAAUUAUAGGCGUUUU